AUGGCGCCUGGCUAUGACGUCGAUGAUGACGGCCCGCCCUACCUUCGCUCCGGGAAUGGAAAUGCUGCAAAGUCAGUUCCCACAGGGCCUAUCGACGACGAGCUCUUUACGCGGGUCCUGCCACGGGUAGACACCACGGCCAUCGAGACGGCGCGCAUUGCUUUUGGUCAGGACUCCGAAGACAGCGAUGAAGACCACUCGCGACCUCAGUUCCGGCGUUCUCUUUCGGAGUCUAGUCUCAUGUUAGGAGAAGCCGGAAAGGACUCCGAUGGACUCCGGGAUACGGCCUUAGGGAGACAAGAAAGGAAUGGGACAACGGGGGCAAACGGGAAAUCUCAUUCAGCGAGAGAGAGUACGGAACUCAGUCGCCCUUCCCGUCCUCUGUCUCGGACAGAUAUCGUCUCCCGGGAUUACUCACCACCACGGCGACUCUACGGAAGGUCUGACAGGGACACCGUAGCUGUGCCUCCACGCCAGUCUUCUCGUCCCAAUCGAGCUAGUAUUGACAGCCCCGAUCGAGUGCUCAAGCGACGCGAUUACAAUACACCGCAGCGACCCCCGCGCGCCGAAGAGAUCGAGGCCGCAAAGAGACUCUUGGCACAAGUCGCAGAAGACGAGGAACUCUCCCAUCAGAGCAUGGUGCGAUCCCCCAGUGCUGUCCGCUCAGCAACACCUCCCCCGAUAGGAGGUAGACGACCACACAGGAUCAUCUACGACGACUCCGAGGAAGAAGAGGACCAUCAUCAAGACCGCGCCGACGAGGAAGAAGAUCCUGGAUAUCACGAUUACCGCAAUGAGACGCGCAAUGGGCACCGAAGUAUAGCAACGACUCCCGUCACUGCCAUCCACAUCCCGACGGAAGAUUCCCGGCCGCCGCCGGCGCAUCAUCGCCAGACCCGCGGCCGACCGACCACCUCGAGAGCCUCGUCGCGCCAAUCAUCACAGCCGCCCCCGCGAUCGCGAGCUGCCGAAGCCCUCGCCGCACACAAGAGAGAGCUCAGGACGCCCGUGCUGGAUCAUCAACGCCUGUAUCUGGAUGCCGAACCCCCACCAAUCAGCCAGAGACGUCCGCAUCAGACUUCACGCGCCACUCGCAGGCAGACAUACAAUAAGCAGCAAUACUCCGACAUGGAGGAGGAGGCUCUAGACUACAGCGGGAAGAACGGCCUUGGCAGCUCGACUCUGACACCAGAUUACCAACCGCCGGCGGCGGCGCGAAGGGCAAUGAGCGACGAUUCGAUUUCGAUCUCGAGACAGUCAAUCUCGAAGCAAAGCGUUACGAGCAAUGGGUCCUCCAACCGUACUGUUGAUUUCUUCGGACCUGGCAUUUUCCAGGUUGUUUUGCAUAAUCCUACGACCGUACACCAACUGCUGAAAUUCAGCGAAGCUCGUUUCUGCGCAGAGAGUGUCGAGUUUCUCAAAAAGGUCGAGCAGUAUCAAACAGUCCUCAAUGACCUGGCUGGAAUCAUGACGAGCAUCCACAAGGACUUCCUUGCCGACGACUCGUCAAAGCAAAUCAACGUCAAUGGGGAAUUGAGAAAGUCCGUCCACGGUGACAUGAAGUCCCUGGUCACGAAGACACUCCCGUCGAUGGAAACAUUGUUUACGGAUCUUCAAGAGAGCGUUGAACAAGAUGUCUUCCUGGAUAUCUACCCUCGAUUUGUGCGCUACCAAAUGGCUAUAAGCGCAACGAGGGCGUUAGCUACCAAUCGACACAGCUAUCAAGGACUCGGUGACUGCUUUUGCUUAACGAACCCUGGUCUCGCAGACAACCCGAUCGUCUUUGCGUCAGAUGGAUUCAUCAAAGUCACUGGGUACACCCGACCCGAGAUCAUUCCGCGAAACUGUAGAUUCCUCCAGGGAGCGCAUACUGAUCGCGUUCCUGUUCGACGACUGAAGAACGCCAUCGACGAGCGAAAGGAGUCCGUUGAACUCAUCCUGAACUACAAGAAGAAUGGAGACCCGUUUUGGAACUUGCUCUAUGUUGCUCCGCUAUACAAUGAAGCCGGGAAACUGGCCUUCUUCAUCGGCGGCCAGAUCAAUUGCUCAACCACAAUCCACAGCAACGCGGACGUGAUGAGAGUGUUGUCGACAUCUACCAAUGACGACGUUCAAACCCAGGAUGCUAAGGUACCACCAGCACCAUUACAUCGCGCUGGUUCCCAACCUUCGGCUCGAAAAGCGUUCUUGAAAGCACUAGGGGUCAAGGUCAGCAACGACAAUGCUCCGAACAACAUCGCGGCCGAUCCGGGCAUGGAAAGCAAAUUGCUCCACAAGCUGGAAGGACGCGACUUAAACGCCCAGAUGAAGGAGUUUUACACUGCUUAUUCGAAAUACCUAAUUGUCAGCUUCGACUCCUUCAUAAUCAAGUUCUACUCUGAAGGCGUCCUGGAAAUGCUGCACCCCGCCAACAACACCGUCGGCCUGGUAGCAGGCCAAGAGGUCUUCAGAUUCCUCAAGCAGAACAUGGUCAACCACCAGUCCGACUACAAGACGCGCGUGCGCAAUGCUCUUCGAACCGGAGCGCCCAUCAGCGUCGAGGUCCGUCUACAGACUCGGAGAAGUGCCUUGUUCCGCGGCGAUGAGAGGUUCAUCACGCACUGGACGCCGUUGAAGGAUGAGAAAUCCCAGGUGCACUGGGCUGUUGUCACUUUGGCGCCCGCGAUCGAGUAA